ACAACGAUGGACUUCGCAGGCCAGAAGCUGGCGGAGACGCUGGCGAUGUUCAUAGUCUCCCUGUUUUCCGUGAUCGGCUUCAUCUACGGGUACCUGCAGCAGGACUUCCGCGGCAUGAUGUCUCUCUUCGGCGGCGGAGUGCUGCUGGCCUUCGUGGUGGGCGUGCCCGACUGGCCCGUGUACAACAAGCACCCUGUCAAGUUCCUGCCGCCCAAGGAG